AGAAGAAAAAGACAAAAUGGAGAUGAAGAAAAUGCUGUUGGCAGCCUCCGUGGCGUGUUUGGCUUUGGCCUACGUGGCCAGCGGACGAAUGGCGUAUCAAUUGCCAGCUGAGGUUGAAACUAUUCUGCGGAGUCCAGUUGUGACGUCCUUUGAUUGCACAAACAGGAUAUACGGGUAUUAUGCUGAUGUGGACAACAACUGCGAGAUCUUCCAUGUGUGCCAUCCGAUCGCAGAUGACGUCGGCAACCUCGCAGAGAUGGCGCAGUUCAGCUUCGUCUGCCCGAACCAGACCGUGUUCAGCCAAGAAACGUUGACGUGCGCUCACCCAGAUGACGCUUUCCCCUGCGAUCAGGCUCCUACGCUCUUCGACGUCGUGAACGCAGAGUUCGGUCGCAUUCCUCAGCCCUGAGCGAAGACCUUUGGAAAUAUGUUUAUUUCUUUUUAUAGAUUCUCCGCUCCUUCGCCCUUUUUUUUGCUUUUUGUUUUUGUUUCAUUUUCCUCCGGUCAUUCAUUCUUCCUGUAUACCAACACUUUUCGAAAGAGAAAUCCAUUUCCGGCGGAAAAUCUAGUGGGAAAAAAUUCGGAGAAAUGACAGAAUUUGACUUGCUCAACAACAACAACAAAGUCUGAGUAAUUGAAAACAUUGGCGGCGGGUUUUCUUUUUUAAAUUCCGAUGGAAGCAUUCAUUGUGUUGAACGGCGACAGCGAUUUUUUUUUGCGCCAUUUCAAUCUGGCUUUUCUUUCUGUAUUUUAUUUUUUUUAAGUGAAGGAUAAGGCGGAACUGAAUUGUUCCUUUUGUACCAACUCAAUGUGUUUCCUCGACCAAGUGGCAAUGAAUUUUAUCUUGAUACAAUAAA